GGUGAACGUCCAGGAGUAAACCCGCUGGAGGAUCGUCACAUCGCCCCACUCUCUGGCGUUGAAUCCCUCUGACGGGGAAGCGUGACCUCAUCAUGAUGUGAUUCUUCUUCUCUCCUCCUCAUCCGCUGCGGACACAUGGAUGUCUUUUCCACUCCAGUCAUUGAUUGAGUUUUUUGUUGCCACUCGUCACUAUUGCGUGUCGGUUUAUCUCCAACGCGGUUGCAGCCUGUGCGUGUCGCGGGACCAUGGCGCAGCAGGACGGUGCUCCCAAGAAGCACCCGGCUAUAGCGGCGCUGCACUCCCACUUCAUGGUGGGCUCCGUGUCGGAGGAGAACUCCGAGGAUGAAAUCCAGGGGAAGCCGGACGUGCAGCUGGAGGAGAAGGAGGGGCGUUCCUCAUCACCGUCGUCCGGGAGCUCCGACAGCACGUACGAAGCCUGCUUUGAGCACGUUGACGCCUCCAUGCACAAUCUCAGGCCAAGCAUGUCCGGGCUACACCUGAUGAAGCGAGGUCGAGAUCGCCGACGUAUUGAUCUGCAGAGGGACUUCACGGUGGCGUCCCCUGCUGAAUUUGUCACCCGUUUUGGUGGCAACAAGGUCAUCGAGAAGGUGCUCAUCGCCAACAACGGCAUUGCAGCAGUCAAGUGCAUGCGCUCCAUUCGCCGCUGGGCUUACGAGAUGUUUCGGAACGAACGGGCGAUCCGCUUUGUGGUGAUGGUGACCCCCGAGGACCUGAAGGCCAAUGCCGAGUACAUCAAAAUGGCCGAUCAUUACGUGCCCGUGCCAGGAGGAACAAACAACAACAACUACGCCAACGUGGAGCUGAUUCUGGAUAUCGCCAAGCGAAUACCUGUCCAGGCUGUGUGGGCCGGAUGGGGCCACGCGUCGGAGAACCCCAAACUGCCGGAGCUGCUCCAUAAGCACGGCAUCGCUUUCAUGGGUCCUCCUAGUCAGGCCAUGUGGGCUCUGGGGGACAAGAUUGCCUCAUCCAUCGUGGCUCAGACGGCUGGCAUUCCAACCUUGCCGUGGAGUGGCACCGGUCUGACAGUGGAGUGGUCAGAGAGCAACCAAAAGAAACGAGUGGUCAACGUUCCCCAUGACUUGUACGAGCUUGGCUGCAUCCAGGACGUGAAGGACGGCCUGCAAGCUUCGGAGAAGAUUGGCUUCCCCGUUAUGGUGAAAGCCUCGGAGGGAGGGGGAGGCAAAGGCAUCCGAAAGGUCAACUCGGCUGAUGAUUUCCCCAACCUGUUCAGACAGGUCCAGGCAGAAGUUCCAGGUUCCCCCGUCUUUGUCAUGCAGCUGGCCAAGCACGCCCGCCACUUGGAGGUCCAGAUCUUGGCCGAUCAGUACGGGAACGCCAUUUCCUUGUUCGGCAGAGAUUGUUCCGUGCAGCGCCGACAUCAGAAGAUCAUAGAGGAGGCGCCUGCUACCAUCGCGACGUCUGAUAUCUUUGAGGACAUGGAAAGGUGUGCAGUGAAGCUGGCCAAGAUGGUGGGCUAUGUGAGCGCGGGCACAGUGGAGUACCUCUACAGCCAGGAUGGUAGCUUCUACUUCCUGGAGCUCAACCCGCGUCUGCAGGUGGAGCACCCGUGCACGGAGAUGGUGGCCGACGUCAACUUGCCCGCCGCGCAGCUUCAGAUUGCAAUGGGCAUCCCCCUUUACAGAAUCAAAGACAUCAGGAUGCUGUACGGGGAGCAGCCCUGGGGAGACUCUCUCAUCGACUUUGAGGGUCUGUCGACGGCGCCCUCCCCACGGGGGCAUGUCAUUGCAGCUCGCAUCACCAGUGAAAAUCCAGACGAGGGCUUUAAGCCGAGCUCAGGAACUGUACAAGAGCUGAACUUCCGCAGCAAUAAGAACGUGUGGGGCUACUUCAGUGUCGCAGCCGCUGGAGGCUUGCACGAGUUUGCAGACUCCCAGUUUGGCCACUGCUUCUCUUGGGGAGAGAAUCGCGAAGAAGCCAUCUCUAACAUGGUGGUGGCUUUGAAGGAGUUGUCCAUCAGAGGAGACUUCAGGACCACGGUAGAGUACCUCAUCAAGCUACUGGAAACCGAAUGCUUUCAGCAUAAUAGCAUCGAUACAGGAUGGCUGGAUCGGCUCAUCUCUGAGAAGAUGCAGGCGGAACGUCCGGACACCAUGCUGGGAAUUGUGAGUGGAGCGCUACACGUGGCAGAUGUUAAUCUGCGGAACAGCGUGUCCAUUUUCCUGCAUUCCCUGGAGAGGGGGCAGGUGCUCCCGGCGCACACACUGCUCAACACCGUGGACGUCGAGCUGAUCUACGAAGGCAUCAAGUACGCCCUGACGGUGACACGCCAGUCUCCCAACUCCUACGUGGUUAUCAUGAACAGCUCCACGGCCGAGGUGGACGUCCAUCGGCUAAGCGAUGGGGGUUUGCUGCUGUCCUACGACGGCAGCAGCUACACCACCUACAUGAAGGAAGAGGUGGACAGGUAUCGCAUCACCAUCGGGAACAAAACUUGUGUUUUUGAAAAAGAGAACGACCCCUCCCUGCUGAGAUCGCCCUCGGCGGGAAAAAUCAUCCAGUACACAGUGGAGGACGGCGGCCACGUGUUCGCCGGCCAGUGCUAUGCCGAGAUAGAGGUGAUGAAGAUGGUGAUGACUCUCACGGCGGCCGAGUCCGGCUGCAUUCACUACGUGAAGAGGGCGGGGGCGGCGCUGGAGCCCGGCUGUGUCAUUGCCAAACUUCAGCUGGAUGACCCCACCAGAGUGCAGCAGGCAGAGCUUUACACCGGGUCCUUGCCUUCAACCCAGGCAGUCGCCCUUCGGGGGGAGAAACUACACAGAGUUUUCCACAACACACUCGACCACCUCGUUCACGUGAUGAACGGCUACUGUCUCCCAGAGCCUUUCUUCAGCACCAAGCUAAAAGAAUGGGUGGAAAGGCUGAUGAAAACCAUGCGUGAUCCCUCGCUGCCCCUGCUGGAGCUCCAGGACAUCAUGACCAGCGUGUCCGGCCGCAUCCCCCCUGCUGUGGAGAAAGCCAUAAAGAAGGAGAUGGCUCAGUAUGCCAGCAACAUCACCUCCGUGCUCUGCCAGUUCCCCAGCCAGCAGAUUGCCAACAUCUUGGACAGCCACGCCGCAACACUGAACAAGAAAUCAGAGAGAGAAGUCUUCUUCAUGAACACACAAAGCAUUGUCCAGCUGGUGCAGAAGUAUCGCAGUGGCAUCCGUGGUUACAUGAAGGCAGUGGUCAUCGACUUGCUCCGACAGUACCUGAAAGUAGAGAUCCAGUUCCAGAACGGUCACUAUGACAAGUGCGUGUUCACGCUGCGUGAAGAAAACAAAGGCGACAUGGCAAAUGUUCUCAACUACAUCUUCUCCCACGCCCAAGUCACCAAGAAGAACUUACUGGUUACGAUGCUGAUUGACCAGUUGUGUGGUCGUGACCCCACGCUGACAGAGGAGCUGAUGGCCAUGUUGACUGAAUUCACCCAGCUCAGCAAGACGACCAAUGCCAAGGUGGCACUGCGGGCGCGGCAGGUGUUGAUCGCGUCUCACCUGCCCUCCUAUGAGCUCCGCCACAACCAGGUGGAGUCCAUCUUCCUCUCCGCCAUUGACAUGUACGGACACCAAUUCUGCAUUGAGAAUCUGCAGAAGCUCAUCCUUUCUGAAACAUCCAUAUUUGAUGUCCUGCCCAACUUCUUCUACCACAGUAAUCAGGUUGUGCGAAUGGCCGCCCUUGAGGUUUACGUGCGGCGGGCGUACAUCGCUUACGAGCUGAACAGCGUGCAGCAUCGGCAGUUGAAGGACAACACGUGCAUAGUAGAGUUCCAGUUCAUGCUCCCCACCUCGCACCCAAACAGAGGGAACAUCCCCACUCUCAACAGGAAAAUGUCUGCCCCUUCAGUCCUGGACAUUAUAAAAGUCAAUAAUUCCUCACAAGCUCCGGACAGGAUGUCCUUCUCAUCCAACCUCAACCACUACGGCAUGGUGCACAUGGCCAGCGUGAAUGAUGUUCUGCUGGACACGUCCUUCACGCCACCCUGCCAGAGGAUGGGCGCCAUGGUCUCCUUCCGCUCCUUCCAGGAGUUCACUAAGAACAUCACAGACGUGUUGAGUUGCUUCACAGACUCUCCUCCCCCGAGCCCAACGUUCCCGGAGGGCGGUAACCCCGUCCUGUAUGGCGAGGAGGACAACAAGAACACCCGAGAAGAACCCAUCCACAUCCUGAAUGUGGCCAUAAAGACCGACAGUGACAUGGAUGACGACGGCCUGGCCGCCAUGUUUCGCGAGUUCACCCAGUCAAAGAAAAACCUGCUGUUUGAACACGGAAUCCGGCGCUUGACUUUUCUGGUGGCUCAGAAGGAUUUCAGGAAGCAAAUCAACUGUGAGGUGGACCAAAGGUUUCACAGGGAAUUCCCCAAGUUUUUCACAUUCCGCGCCAGAGACAAGUUUGUGGAAGACCGCAUCUACCGCCACCUGGAGCCGGCCCUCGCCUUCCAGCUGGAGCUCAAUCGCAUGCGAAACUUUGCCCUGACGGCCAUCCCGUGCGCCAACCACAAGAUGCACCUCUACCUGGGCGCCGCCCGCGUGGAAGUGGGAGCGGAAGUUACAGACUACCGCUUCUUUGUGCGAGCCAUCAUCCGUCAUUCCGAUCUCGUUACCAAGGAGGCCUCGUUUGAGUACCUGCACAACGAGGCGGAGCGUUUGCUUCUGGAGGCCAUGGAUGAGCUGGAGGUGGCCUUCAACAACACCACAGUCAGAACUGACUGCAACCACAUCUUCCUCAACUUUGUACCCACCGUCAUCAUGGACCCCUCAAAGAUUGAGGAGUCAGUGCGCUCCAUGGUGAUGCGUUACGGCAGCCGUCUGUGGAAGCUGCGCGUCCUGCAGGCCGAGCUGAAAAUCAACAUCCGCUUGACUCCCACGGGAAAGCAAAUCCCCAUCCGGCUGUUCCUCACCAACGAAUCGGGCUACUACCUGGACAUCAGCCUCUACAAGGAGGUCACUGACUCCCGAACGGGACAGGUGGGGCCCAAAGACCGCCAGAUCAUGUUCCAAGCAUACGGAGACAAGCAGGGUCCGUUGCACGGCAUGCUCAUCAACACGCCCUACGUCACCAAGGACCUGCUGCAGUCAAAACGCUUUCAGGCCCAAUCUCUGGGCACCACCUACGUGUACGACUUCCCCGAGAUGUUCAGACAGGCUUUGAAAAAGCUGUGGCACUCGAGCCAAAGCUACGCUUACGUGCCCAAAUGCCCUCUUCCCUCUGAGCUGCUGACCUUCACCGAGUUGGUCCUGGAUGCUCAAGAUCAGCUGGUGCAGAUGAACCGACUGCCAGGCGGCAACGAGAUCGGCAUGGUGGCAUGGCGGAUGACCCUACGCACGCCAGAGUACCCGGCGGGACGUGAGAUCGUGGUCAUCAGCAACGACAUCACACACAAGAUCGGCUCGUUCGGGCCCCAGGAGGACGUGUUGUUCCUGCGAGCCUCAGAGAUGGCGAGGGAGAGCGGCAUCCCACGACUCUACAUCGCAGCCAACAGCGGCGCACGCAUCGGCCUGGCGGAGGAAAUCCGACACAUGUUCCACGUGGCCUGGCAAGACCCGGAUGACCCCUACAAGGGGUUCAAGUAUCUCUACCUCACACCUCAGGAUUAUAAGAAGGUCUCAGCCCUGAACUCUGUGCACUGUGAACACGUGGAGGACAAGGGAGAAUCCAGGUACAAGAUCACCGACAUCAUCGGGAAGGACGAGGGGCUGGGUGUGGAGAAUCUGAAGGGGUCUGGCAUGAUUGCUGGAGAAUCCUCCCUGGCUUACGAGGAGAUCAUCACCAUGAACCUGGUGACGUGCCGAGCCAUUGGGAUCGGAGCCUAUCUGGUGAGACUUGGGCAGAGAACCAUCCAAGUGGACAACUCGCACAUCAUUCUCACUGGAGCUGGAGCACUCAACAAGGUGCUGGGCAGAGAAGUGUACACAUCAAAUAACCAACUUGGUGGGAUUCAGAUCAUGCACAACAAUGGCGUCACCCACAGUAGCGUCUGCGAUGACUUUGAGGGGGUCUUCACCCUCCUGCAGUGGCUGUCUUACAUGCCCAAGUGCAAACUGAGCCCGGUGCCCAUCGUGAGUGCCAAGGAUCCCAUCGAUCGGCCGGUUGACUUUGUGCCCACGAAGGCGCCCUAUGACCCCCGUUGGAUGUUAGCGGGGCGGCCCAGCCAGAGUCCAAAAGGCUCCUGGCAGAGUGGCUUCUUUGACCACGGCUCCUUCAUGGAGAUGAUGCAGCCGUGGGCUCAGAGUGUGCUGGUGGGCAGAGCUCGGCUGGGGGGGAUACCUACCGGAGUGGUUGCUGUGGAAACAAGGUCAGUGGAGCUGUCCAUCCCAGCUGAUCCGGCCAAUUUGGACUCGGAGGCCAAGAUCAUCCAGCAGGCAGGCCAGGUGUGGUUCCCCGAUUCUGCUUUCAAGACUGCACAGGCCAUUAAGGAUCUGAACCGGGAGGGCCUGCCUCUCUUCGUCUUUGCCAACUGGAGGGGCUUUUCUGGAGGAAUGAAAGACAUGUACGACCAGGUGCUGAAGUUCGGGGCCUACAUCGUGGACGGGCUGCGGGAGUACAAGCAACCCGUCCUGGUUUACAUCCCCCCGCAGGCGGAGCUGAGGGGGGGCUCCUGGGUGGUCAUAGAUCCCACCAUCAACCCUCGUCACAUGGAGAUGUACGCCGACAAGGACAGCCGAGGUGGCGUGUUGGAGCCCGAGGGCACGGUGGAGAUCAAGUUCAGAAGGAAGGACCUGGUGAAGACCAUGAGACGAGUAGAUCCGGUCUACACCAGCCUGGCUGAAAGACUGGGAACUCCAGAGUUGAGCCCCGCUGAUCGUAAAGAGCUGGAGACCAAGCUGAAGGAGCGGGAGGAGUUCCUGCUGCCGAUCUACCACCAGGUGGCCGUGCAGUUUGCAGACCUCCACGACACCCCCGGCCGCAUGCAGGAGAAGGGCGUCAUCACGGACAUCUUGGAGUGGCAGACAUCCCGCACCUUCUUCUACUGGCGUCUGCGGCGCCUCCUGCUGGAAGACACGGUGAAGCGGAAGAUCCAGGAAGCGAACAGCGAGCUGACGGAUGGGCAGAUCCAGGCAAUGCUGCGGCGUUGGUUCGUUGAGGCGGAAGGCGCUGUCAAGGCGUAUUUGUGGGACAACAACGAGGAGGUGGUGGGCUGGCUGGAGAGGCAGCUGGCCGAAGACGACGGCGCCAGGUCGGUCAUCGACGAGAACAUCAAGUACAUUCGCCGGGAUCACAUCCUCAAGCAGAUCCGCAGCCUGGUGCAAGCCAACCCGGAAGUGGCCAUGGACUCCAUCGUCCACAUGACCCAGCACAUCUCACCCACGCAGAGAGCCGAGGUGGUGCGCAUUCUGUCGACCAUGGAGACCUCCGCCUCCUCGUAGCGCUCAGGUCCCAUCAGAGUAGGUGAGGGUGGGAGGAGCCAACGUGACGGCGCCUGCCGCGGCGCUCAUGAGUCGUUGGUCGUGAUCCUCGGAUGCCUGACUACUCUUUGUGCGAGGCGUUUUUGAUACGUGAGCGUAAUCGUCACCAUAACAUCGUCAGGGUGGUCGUCUCCCGACCUGACUGGCCCCCCUGGGCCCCCGCCCCCCUGGGUCAUCAGCGGGUAAAUUGUAAAUAACCCUGUCUAAUAUGAAAGUUUCUUUAUUGACAAAGCUUUUUUCACACAGAACGGAAUUUGAAUUUGAUGCUGAAUAUGUCAUGCAAGUCAAGAAUGAAGUAAAAUUGGCCGUAUUCACCAUAUUACAUCAUUCCAUCGUUUGAAAGUCCCCUUUAUGAAAAGGCAUCAACAAACGGCAUCUUUCACAAUCAGCAUCUAUUUAUGAUCUAUGGGCGCUGGGCCCAGCCAGCCAAUCAGGCACCAAGUACAUAGUCAUGUGACCAAAGAGUCACAUGACUAAAGGGAACACAGAGGCGUUUGUGGAAAUCAUGUGAUGCGGCACAUCCAGAACCCCAUAUUUUACUAAAACUGAAAAGCAAUAAAUUCUGCUGGAGUGUAAAAAAAGUCUUGGCUUUUAAAGAAACAAAACCUUCAUCGAGUACGGGUGGCUCCUCCCCCUUUAUGAUCUGCCUGCCCUGAUGUCCGUCAUGUCAGGAUAGUUGAUUAGGACCCAUCAACACAUCCUCCUUCCUGUCCAGGCACGCACUAACUACACGUACAUGGACACUAAAGACGCCAUAUUGAUGUACCUAUCUAUGUGUAUGUACAAUGUAUACACAGGUACUACGUGGAUCAUAUAUAAGUAUCAUGGCGGUCUGUCGGAGCUGGCAGGUAUCUCCUGUUGGCUUGAAGAACAGCAUGUGGUGCAUCUCUACGGACCGGGAAGCUAGGAAGUCUUUUGAGAGGUGAAAGGUCAUUUCAACUUCCAGCAUGAGGGCACGCGGUGACAAAAACAUGAGUUUAAAUAAAUACACAAGAGGAAGACUUGAUGUAACACAUUAGACACAAGUCCAGCGGGGAACACAAAAGGAGCCUUUUUAGACCCCCCCACCCCUCCACCGCCCCAUCUAUCUCUCCGUACUUUAUCUCUCCACUGGUCCCACACGGCCAAUUCAUAUUCAUAUUAGCAUUCGUUUCUUGUAUUUUGUUGCUUCCCCCAUGAAAAAUGUAAAAUGUAACAAAAAAAUAUAACAAAUGUUUUUUACAGUAGGAAAAUAUUUUUGAAUAGAUGAUAUGGCCUCGGUGCAAUGACUCACAUAAUUAAGCAUGUUGUAUUUCUACUGUGUACUUUAGGUACGUCGUCAGUGUUACUGAUGGAUUAAUACUGUUACUGACAGCCAGGUACUUUGGAACACUGGGCGGCCUUUCCCAUAACCCACAGUCCUUAUGUGAGACACGAACACACGUCUCUCUCUCUCUUCAGUGGCCUUCUAAAGAUAUACAAAGAGGUAAAAAGAGGCAGCUACGUCAUGGAACGCACCUAUCCCGCCUAGAAAGUCUUCUGAAAAAACGUCCAAAAAGCCUACAAGGCUCCAUGUCCACCAUGUGAGCUGCAUAUGAAGCACAUUGUUAUACCCAAGAACUAUGUUAGCACAGCGGCUAGCUACUAGGCUAGCAGCUAGCUUCGCACACACUGGCUCCCAAAGCCUUUUUGUUUUGGAGGCUAGGUGUAGCCUUCCUUUCUACGUUGCUAUGGGACAUUAAUGCACCCAGGAAGGAAGUUGUAAAAAAACUAAAAUACUACACGUAUGACAUGUUAGCAUCCAUGUAGUUGUUACUACAUGCUCUUUUGGAGCUCCUUGAAUAGCCGCCUUUCUAGGCCCAAUAGGUGUGUCCCAUGACGUGCAUUCAUUGGUUGCCUCCUUUUACCUGUUUUCAUAUCUUUACAACACACAGAGAAGAGAAGGACGUGUCUUCAUGUCUCACCUAAGGAUGGAGGAUGAUGAGAAAGAUUCCCAUGGAAAGCCAUGGAACGUGUUUUUUUACGCCUGGUAAUGAAGUGUUGUGCCUUCUUUAAUGUGACGUUCCUGUCGUGACCAGCAGGCCAGUUGCUUGGUUGUAACUUCUACCUUUGCCAUCUCAAUAAAGUUUGAACCCAUUGAA